GUUCGCGUAAGACGGGCUUUGACGUGGCUCCUUAUCGGGCUGGUGCUUCCUUACUAUUUCUGUUUUACCCUUGUAUUUAUUGCAAUGUAAUGCUACUAAUACCAUUAUCGAGACAAAAUUCAAAGAUAAUGCCAAUCAUGGAUUAACAAAGGCAGUGAUCUUAUAAACAAGCAGAAUAGUACCGGGUUAAGGAUUCCUUUAAUUAACAUCGGCAUUAGAGAGAAACAAUGAGUCGUGGUGAGAGUGUCAGUGUCCCUAUUGGGGAGACUGACAAUGUCCAGAAGAAGCCUGAUGUAAAAUUGUUUGGGCUGCUCAUCUCCAACUUUCCAGCCACCCCUCGCUUCCUGCUGCUAGCAUUGUCUGUCUUUUUCUUUUAUCUUAUGUAUGGCUAUAUGCUGGAACUAAUUUUCACAUUGGAUGGAAUGCGGCCCCAUGGAUGGUUUUUGACACUAGUUCAGUUUGCAUACUACACUAUUUUUGCACUCAUUCAGAUAAAGUUGUCAGGAGACAGUAUAAAGAGAAAAAUACCCAUGCAAACUUACCUUGUCAUUGCUGUACUAACAGUUGGUACUAUGGGAUUCUCUAACUCCUCUGUGGGAUAUUUGAAUUAUCCUACACAGGUGAUAUUCAAGUCUUGUAAGUUAAUACCUGUGAUGAUUGGGUCGAUGAUCAUCUUGGGAAAGAAGUACACGUUUCCAGAGGUGGUUGCCUGCGUGUGCAUGAGUCUGGGGCUCAUUUGGUUCACUUUAGCCGACUCUACUAUCCAGCCAAAUUUUUCAGUAACUGGUGUUGUCCUGGUCAGUUUGGCAUUACUGUGUGAUGCUGUAAUUGGCAAUGUUCAAGAAGGUGCUAUGAAGCAGUAUGGUGAAGGAACAACACAUGUUGUCCUCUAUUCGUACAGCUAUGGGUUCUUUAUAAUCUUAAUAGGGCUUUUGUGUACAGGCCAGUUGUUUACAGCUAUACCAUUUGCGGCUCAGUAUCCUUGGGAAGUCUACGGCCGCUCAGUGCUGCUGUCUGCUGCUGGGUUCUGUGGAGUACAGGUGGUGCUGACUCUUGUAACAAUGCAUGGUGCUCUUGUGGCUGUCACCGUGACAACCUUUCGCAAGGCUGUAACGAUUGUCUUGUCUUUUGUGCUUUUCAGCAAACCAUUUACUGUACAAUAUAUCUGGGGAGGCUUGAUGGUUGUGGCAGGUAUAUACCUCAACAUCUACAGCAAGAAGAAGAAAGGUUCCGCAUCCAUCUUAGUCUCGUUGCAACAGAUGUACAUUCAGAUCCAACAGCACUUUGCUCCCAAAAUCAGCAGUAUACAUAAAGGUGCUACCGAAGACCCCGAGAGUGGCGAAAUGCUGAUUAAGAGCGAGAAGGAAACUGAGAAAACACAUAAUGCCAGUGAAUCGGUGAGUUACCAUAAAAACGAAAAUGAAGAAAAAUGAAGAAUCUGAAGAAAAGGAAAAUUACUUCUUUGAAUACUAAAGAAAGUGUAUCAGUAAGUGAGUGAAUGAGUAAGAGAUAGAGUUAAAUAGAUAGCGAGAAAAGGGUGGAGGAAGGCAAGGGUAGGGAGAGACAGGGAGAAAGAAGGAGGAUGAAGGAGAAAGUGAGAGUGAGAG